AUGGCGGUCAUCCUGUCUGCGGCAGAGGAGGCCAAGCUCUUAUCAGAUGUAUUGGGAGUAGUCAAAGUGCAAUCAGUGCAGCUGAAACGAUGCUUGGAACAAGAUCAGAUCAUGGAAGCAUUGAAAGCGGCUUCGUCAAUGUUGGCUGAAUUGAGAACAUCAAGUCUUUCACCUAAACAAUAUUACGAACUCUAUAUGAGUGUCUUUGACAGUUUGCGAUACCUCAGUAAUUACUUGUAUGAAGCUCAUCAAGAGGGGAAGCAUCACCUCGCAGACUUGUAUGAAUUAGUACAAUAUGCAGGAAACAUCGUACCCCGAUUAUAUCUCAUGAUCACCGUCGGAUCCGUUUACAUGUCCGUUCCCGAUGCUCCCGUGAAGGAAAUCAUGAAAGAUAUGUUGGAGAUGUCUAGAGGAGUUCAACACCCCACCAGAGGUUUAUUCCUGCGACAUUACUUAUCUGGACAAACAAGGGAUUUCUUACCUGUUGGAACCAGUGAUGGACCAAGUGGAAACCUUCAAGAUUCAAUCGGAUUCGUACUGACCAACUUUAUCGAGAUGAACAAACUUUGGGUUAGACUUCAACAUCAAGGACAUUCACGUGAAGGUGAGAAGAGAGAAACGGAAAGACGUGAUCUACGAAUAUUGGUAGGAACGAACUUAGUUCGUUUAUCACAACUGGAAGGAGUUGAUUUGGGGAUGUAUCAAACGAUCAUCUUACCAUCGGUACUGGAACAAGUCGUCAAUUGUCGCGAUGUUAUAGCUCAAGAAUAUCUAAUGGAGGUUGUCAUCCAAGUUUUCACCGAUGAUUUCCAUCUACACACCUUGACAUCUUUCUUAAGUGCAUGUGCACAGUUACAUCCUCGUGUCAAUAUAAAAUCAAUAGUCAUAGCUUUGAUUGAUAGAUUAGCAGCUUAUGCAGCUAGAGAAGCUGAAAAUGAAGAUCCUGAAGAGAAGAAAAAAGGUGAAGAGGAGGCGGCUAAAAGACUAGCUGAAAAGAUUAAAGGAUCAAAAGGAAAAGGCAAAAAAGUAGAACAAGGUGAAAAGAAUGAUAUUCAGAAUUCUCAAACCCCAAAACCUGCUGAAGCGGACGAAUGGGCGGGCACUUCAGCUUCUCCUCCAGCUGAAGCAUCAUCCAGUAGUCCCGUAAAAGAAAACGGCAUUGCUUCUGCUUCUUCACCUAAGAAAGAAGGAGAAGAGGAAAAGAAGGAUGAAGCUGUGACCGAGGAAAAGCCUAAAGAAGAUGGCGUAAAGAAAUUCAGAGGUAUUCCUGAGGAUGUCAAGUUAUUCGAAGUUUUCUGGCAGCAAGUCGUAGAGCUUAUCAAAGCCCGACCCGACUUGCCAAUCAUGGAUGUGACUGCUCUCUGCGUCUCUCUGAUCAACCUCUCCUUGAGCUGUUACCCUGAUAGACUGGAAUAUGUAGACCAGAUUUUGUCUUUUGCUCAUGGUAAAGUAGUCGAGUAUUCUCAAAACCCUGAUCUCCACUCUCCCCAAACAACAGCCAAUUUGCUCGCUCUUCUUUUGGCCCCCAUCACAUCUUACCUUUCGAUACUUACGCUCCUCGCUAUUCCAUCCUACAUUCCUCUGCUGUCCGCUCAACCUUAUUCGACUAGGUUAGCCAUCGGACAAGCUGUAGUCUCAUCUGUUUUGAAGAACAACACUUUAAUCGAUACUUCUGAGGACGUCAGUGGAGUGCUUGGACUGUGUGCAGUGUUAGUGAAAGAUCAAAAAGAUUCAACAAUUGGUGGAGGUGCCCCCAGAAGAGGACAACAAGUCGAUUUGAGGGAGUUAGCCGAAGAACAAGGCUGGGUAGCUAGAAUGGUUCACUUAUUCAAAUCGGAAGAUUUGGCAACGCAAUUUGAACUGUUACAAACUGCUAGAAAACAUUUCUCGGAAGGUGGGGAAAGGAUUCGAUUUACGUUCCCUCCUCUGAUUGCGAGCGGUAUUCAGCUUGCUAGGAGGUUCAAGCAGCGUGAACAUGUUGAGGACAAUUGGGAAACUCGACUUUCAUCAUUAUUCAAAUUCAUUCAUCAAUUGAUUUCGAUAUUGUAUCAUAAAGUGGAAGCACCUGAAACUUGCCUAAGGUUGUUCUUGUUAGCAGCACAGAUAGCUGAUGAUUGUCGACUUGAAGAAUUGACAUAUGAAUUCUUCGUUCAAGCGUUUGUGAUUUACGAAGAAUCAAUAUCGGAAUCAAGAGCUCAAUUACAAGCUAUAACUGGAAUAAUAUCAUCUUUACAAUCGUCGAGAAGUUUCGGUACCGAUAACUAUGAUACUUUAAUUACGAAGGCUGCUUUACAUGGUAGUAAAUUGUUAAAGAAAUCUCAUCAAGCUACUGCGGUUCUUUAUGCGAGUCAUAUGUGGUGGCAGAGUGAUGUGCCAGGCAGAGAAAAAGAUGAUAAGACUCCAUACAGAGACGGUAAACGAGUACUCGAAUGUUUGCAGAAAUCUUUAAGGAUAGCAUCAUCAUGUAUCGAUGAACUCACUUCAGUUCAACUAUACGUUGAUGCCCUGGAUAGAUAUAUAUACUAUUUCGAACAAGGCGUAGAAGCUGUAACGCCCAAAUACGUCAAUUCAUUAGUUGAACUGAUCACCUCAAAUAUCGAUAGUGUGACUAAUGGAGGAGAUGUCCAUCCUUCUUCUGCUGGAGCAGGUGGGUCAGUUGAAGGUGUAGGUGAAGGCGAGAUGAUUGUCAAGCAUUUCCGAAAUACCUUGACAUAUAUUCAAGGACGACAACGUCAAGCUGCGGAAAGCACAGAAGACUCUUCUGACUCCGGUACUGGUACUGGAAGUGCGAAUGAAGGCGACGAGAAGAAGAAGAAAGUAGAUUGGGAAAGCGUUGACGUCAUUGGAGGUUGCUUAAAAAUGGGUAUACAAUGA